AUGGCACUGGGUUUAGGCUUAGGUAUCGGACUAAAUAAUAGUAACCAAGAUUUACAGCAGUCUAUAACGACAACGACCACAAUAUCGACUACUUCAAGCACCACAACCACCACAACAACAAUAACAACAACAACCAGCACCACCACCACCACCACCACUACCACAACAACAACAACAACAGAAACAACAACAACAGAAACAACAACAGCAUCCACAACAGCAGCAAUUGGUUAG